UUACCGACUUGUCCCGGCUUACCCUCUCUGUCCUCCCUGCUGCAUCCUCUUGUCUCUUUCAAAUGGCCGCUCACGCCGUAAUUUUCACUUUCCCCUCCCAGGGCAACGCAUCCCCGAUGCUGAAGCUCGCCGAGCUCCUCUCCUUAGCCAACAUCCACAUCACUUUCAUCAACACCGAAAACAUCCACCGCCGCUUCCUCCUCCACUCGCCUGACUUAGACCGGCUCGCCCGCCUCCCCUGCUUCCGCUUUCGCACCAUCCCCGACGGCCUCCCCGAAGACCAUCCGCGUCCCAUGCUCGACUUCCUCAACCUCAUGCAAUCUCUCAGCUCCUUCUCCCGACAGCCUUACAAAGAGAUCCUUACCCCGGCGUCCGGGAUCGAUCCCGAUGGCUGGCCGCGGGUCACUUGCGUCAUCGCCGAUGGCACACUAUCCCUUGCCUAUGAAGUACCUGCGGAGUUGGGACUCCCGGUCAUCUUCUUCCGCACUAGCAGCGCCUGUUCGUUCUGGGCUUAUCACUGCAUUCCCCUUCUUUUAAAGAACGGAGAGCUCCCUUUUCCAGGU